AUGGUGACGAGAUCGCCAGAGCCUCCGGUACCACCGGAGGAGGGCAAGCCACCUGACGGUUCAGCUGGAAGUCAACGUGCAUCUGGAGUCUUUUCUUCCCCGAAUGGAAAGAAGGAUCGAGAGAUCCAACAACCGAAGAAGAAGGUGAGACCGUUGGAGUUCCCUGAGGACAAAGAUAUGAACUUCGAAGUUGUUGUUGAAGAUAUUACUAAGGAGGAGAUCGAGAUGAGCUGCGAUCAGGAUCAUCAUGUGGAUCAUAUCACCCAUAGUCCUAAAACGUCACAACCCCAACCGAUGGCCUGGGGGGUGGGAAGAAAGAAGUUGUUUAGCGAGGCAGUGAUGGAAGAGUCCUGGUACAUCGCAGACUCUGACUCUGAAUAUGUGGCCGAAGCAAUGAGGGAGGACAAUCAGGAUGAUCUGAUCGCGGAGGAUGACGACCCAUGUUGCCCUACCGUAUAUUUUUCCCCAUCAUAA